AUGAUAUCUGGGGCGAGCGCCUAUGAGCUCCAGCGGCAGCAACGCAUAGAGAGGAACAAAGAACUCUUACACCAGUUUGGUAUUCACGAUCUGGGCUUGCAGCGCGUUCGGAGCGUGACUUUGGCCAAAAGGCCGUGCAAGGCAGCGUGCGAAGCGUCGCCCUCGCACGUACUCGAGGACAAUCCAGAGGCAAACGCAGAGUCCACAGAGACCCGGAACACGAGUUUCACUCUGCGUCGGUCCACACGGCUACGGGAACGCGAACUGGUGGCGUGCACCAACCAGGAGCAGCCAUUGAACUCCCGUAUCGUUGCCCGCCUACAUGGCGUCCGUUGCAAGCGUUUGCGCACGUCCGUGUCGGAUCCACGAGAGACGGCUUCUGUAAGCCUGUCGGCAAGCAACUCCACAAAAUACUUGAACUGCGACGUCGACAAGCUUUCUACAUACCUGGGAGGAUUCGUUCCGGUACCACCGCGUCUGGGAGGCCAAGUAAAACGCUCCGUCAUCGAAGCUGCAUGCGCAGCUGCCGUGCGGCCAGUUUUCAACCGCAUGUCAGGUAUCUGUGAAUGGUGGAAUGCAGUGAUGUUGUUUGUAAACCUGCCCGCUGGUGACCGUGCGCUGCAAAAUGACAAACCGUCGAUUCCGAAUGCUUCGCUGGGCCGCGGCUACGUGAAUGUGUUUUAUGGAUCUGGUGAGUACAUCGUCUGGUACGCGCAGCGCACCCAAGACCCUGAACACCCGACAUUGCGCAGACUGAUUGUUGAUAGCGAACGCCGUGGUGCAUCAGAAACCAAUAUACUGCUCUUUUGUCGUAUGCCCAAGCCGUACGACUCGCACUAUCUCUACUGCGGACGGCUUCGUUAUGUAGAGCAUAGCAACAAAACCCAUCCAAUUCGCUUCAAUUUCCAACUGAUGGACUUUGCAUCGCUCAUCGAGCCGAAGUCUUCAUGUGGAACUCCCGCGUCCGCGUAUAGCACAGCAAUUAGGGGCGACUAUGCUGCUGCGUGGGAGCUCGCUUCACGGCGCUAG